UCUAUACCAAGAGAGGCAAAAAUGAACGUUCUUAGCUUCCUCUUCCUGGUAUCCAUGGUGGCCAAAAGCAGUCAAUUAACAUGCCAAGAUAACCUUCGACGUCCAGAAAACACUGACAUUUCAGUUGAAUGUGGCACAUCCUCGAUUAGCCUGGCUAUUCUAAUCUGCCCUGUUGUCUACACUGGCUACAACGAGUCUCUUCUCUUCCUCAACCGCAUAUUCAACAACCCGGAGUGUCAAGGAACCUUGGAUGAAUCUACUAACCAGCCUGUUGUCAGGUUCACCUUCCCCAUCAACAUGACCAACGCUUGCGGCAGCACCUUCCUGACCACCAGUGCAGCUGGCACAGGGAUCUUUGCUGACUUCUCCAACAUCCAGACGGUUAAUAUCAGUGGUGUGGUGCACUCCCAUGAUCCAACUACGGGAAUAGUUACCUAUAACGCUGAGCUCAAAUAUUAUUAUUCCUGUGCUUACCCUCUGGAGUAUCUCAUCAACAACACCCAGGUGGACGUGUCAGCAUCUUCCAUUGCAGUGAGGGACAACAAUGGAAGCUUCAUCAGUACUUUGAGCAUGGAACUCUUCAGUGAUGUCAAUUACACCACUCCUCUGGUCAUACCACAGCUGGGAUUAGAGCUGAGGACCAAUGUCUAUGUCCAGGUCCAAGCAGCCAACCUGACCGCUCAGUACCACGUCCUCAUGGACCGAUGCUACGCCUCCAUCUCUCCUCAACCCGCAAACUCCACUUUCUUCAAUCUUUUUGUCUCGUGUUCUAAGGACCAGAUGACCACCAUGCAUGAGAAUGGGGACAGUCACCAUGCCCGCUUCUCCUUCCCGGCCUUCAGGUUCGUUGAACAGCAGAACCAGACGAUGUCCACUUAUUACCUUCACUGUAUCACCAGGCUCUGUGAGGUCAGCACCUGCAAUGAUUUUAAGCAAUGUAACAACAGGAGGAGAAGGGACGUUCGUUCCACUGGUGUUUCCGAGGCUACCACCCUCUCCUCUCUUCCCAUUGUCACCAGGAAUGAGAAUUCACUGACGUCUAAGGAGGAUGCUUUGCCCGCCACUGACUCAGCCACAGACUCCAGGAUCGGUCUCAGUAUAGGUGUGGGUGUCCUCGCUGUGGUCGUUGUUGUAGUUCUAGUAGCAGCAGCCAUCCUCUACAGGAGGCUCAGACUCUUCUGAAGAGGAGCAGCUACCUGUGUGCAGCAUUUCAUACAGGCUACACUGCGGGAUGAAUUGGUGUGGUUCAUGUGUUUGUUUUCUCAUGUAGCAUUUACAUCUGUGGUUUAGUGGUCUUUUUGUAUGGCUGCAGUUAUUCUAGAAAUGUGCUGUAUAGACUAACUUUAAAUGUAAAGGCAAGAGGAAGAGCCUCUGCACAAAGAGAUGCUUGUAGUAGAAAUUCUACAAUGCUGAUGAAAAGCUGAAGUGAAGCUUAAGAAGAACUGUAUCUCUAGUUUUUUAUCACUAGUUUGUAGUGAGUGUAAUAACAUUAUUUAGGCAAUGUUGAUAUUUUAUCAAUGAAAACCAAUGUACUAGUACAAAUCUAUGAAGAAACUAUCAUGCAUAUUGUGUUCUACAGAGUUUUAUCAUUUAAUGUUGAAGGGUUGUUUGACAUGAAAGAAUGUGGAGAGUUUUGAGAGUGUUUGUUUCAUAAAACAUUUUUGUGUCCAGUCAAUUAGAAAGCGAGUAGAACAAGACACAAAAUGGAGAAUAAAAAGUUGAUCAUGAUGUGUCCUGCUCUAAAAGUAUAUUUUUGGAGUUGUAUCUUUUGUGUGUAUCUG